UGUCCUUGCCCUGGAUUAUCCAUUAUACUGUAUAUAUACACGUGUGUUUGCCUUUGGAAUUUCCAGAGCAUUAGAAACACUGGUCAUAGAGGUUUUAGAAUGGCUGUGGUGGAAAGUCUUCUUCUGCAGGCUACUGGCACAAGCAUAUUGCUUGGUCUUUUUGUUCUCUUGGUGGUUAUUUAUUUCUAUUUAUCAAGCUCUAGCUUUAAGGAAGAAGCUAAUGAACCUCCUGGACCCAAGCCACUGCCUCUUCUGGGAAACCUGCUUCAGCUGGACUUGGACAGACCCCACGAAUCACUUUCUGAGCUUGCCAAGACAUAUGGAUCUGUGUUCAAAGUUUAUUUUGGCACCAAGAAAGUCAUUGUCUUAGCAGGAUACAAAACAGUUAAACAGGCACUUGUUAACUAUGCUGAGGAGUUUGGGGAAAGAGAAAUCAAUCAUACAUUUAAGUUUGCUGAAAACCAUGGAAUCCUGUUUUCUAAUGGGGAGAACUGGAAAGAGAUGAGACGAUUUGCUUUAUCAAAUCUUCGAGACUUUGGAAUGGGAAAGAGAGGCAGUGAAGAAAAAAUCAUUGAGGAAAUCCAAUACCUUAAAGAAGUGUUUGAGAGCUUUGGGGGAAAACCAUUUGACACAACCCAACCAAUGAACUAUGCUGUCUCCAACAUCAUCUCGUCCAUAGUGUAUGGAAACAGAUUUGAAUACAGUGAUACUCAAUUUAAAGAUAUGGUCCAGAGGGCCAAUGAAAAUGUCAGGAUUGGUGGAUCUGCUUCUAUGCGAAUCUUCAACAUACUUCCCUGGAUAGGACCAUUUUUGAAAAGCAGAAGAACACUCCGUAUGAAUGCUGAAAAAAACAAGACACAGGUCUGUAACCUGGUGAGUGAUCUUCAGGAGACACUGACUCCAGUGGAACGCAGAGGAUUUGUCGAUUCCUUUCUCCUCCGGAAACAAAGUGAUGAGCAGUCAGGACAGAAAAACUCUCGUUUCAAUGAGAGGAAUCUUAUCACCACAGUGAUAAAUCUUUUUGUGGCUGGUACUGAUACCACUAGCACAACACUGCGCUGGGGAAUGCUGCUUAUGGCCAAGUACCCUCACAUACAGGAUAAAGUCCAGGAAGAGAUUGACAAAGUGAUUGGAGGUCGUCAGCCAGUUGUAGAGGACAGAAAGAACUUACCUUACACAGAUGCAGUAGUCCAUGAAAUCCAGAGACUGGCCAACAUAAUACCCAUGAGUCUCCCCCAUACCACCAGCUGUGAUGUGAACUUUAACGGAUUCUUUAUUAAGAAGGGCACAACUGUUUACCCUUUACUGAUGUCUGUAUUGAGGGAUGAGAGUCAGUGGAAGAGCCCACACACCUUUGACCCAGAAAAUUUCCUUGAUGAACAGGGACAAUUUGUUAAAAAAGAUGCCUUCAUGCCUUUUUCUGCAGGACGUAGGGUGUGUCUUGGAGAAAGCCUGGCCAGGAUGGAGCUCUUCCUCUUCUUCAGCGCCCUCCUGCAGCACUUCCGCUUCACUCCACCUCCAGGGGUGUCUGAGGAUCAGCUGGACCUCACAGGUGUGGUUGGGCUGACUGUGAACCCAUCUCCCCACAAGCUUUGUGCAGUGAAACGGACUUAAUCAAAGACAAAUAAGAAAUAGUACUUAAGAUGGGAAAAUAGAUUCUUCUCCAUUUUAUUUUAUACUAAUAUAUUUAAAAAAGAAAAUCCUGAAUUCUGUAUAAUAUCAUCAAAAUUCAUUUUUCUAUUUUAUGUUUUACUAUUAACAACUUCUCUAGCUCAAUUCCACACUUGAGUGCAUCUAUUCAGUGCAUAUGUUUAACUCAUCUUUUUGUUUGCUCAAGUUGUAAGUUAGAAAGUUUUUUUUAGUUUGAUUAGGUUUCAAAAUGUUUAGCACUGACAGUAUAUGUAGCUACUGUAAGAACAUCCUUGAUGUUAUUUAUUUUAUCACAAUUAUUCUUGGUGGUAAAAUUUUUUGAAGCAAUGCAUUUAGGGGGGAUGUUAGUGUGAGAGAUAUGGUUAGUGAGACCAAAUAGAAUUUUAGAGAUGACCUCUUCUUUUAAAGGCAUCUGUUUACUUAAGCAGACAUUCACACUGACAAAGCUAAAAUACGUGUGAGUGUUGCAUGAAAACAACCCAAAACUACGUUUUGGAAAAGAAACUGGAUGCUUAGUAGUUAAGGCAUUGGACCCCUGAGCAAGGACCUUAAUUGCUCAGUGCAUAAUGAGAUAAAAUGUAAGUUGCUCUGGAUAAGGGCGUCUGCCAAAUGCUGUAAAUGAAACCUAAAUAAAUAAUAAAAACUACAUCACAGACUUAUUAUUAUGAAUCAAAAAAUAAUAUAGACCUUGUAAAAAGAUUUAGUUUUUUACCCAACAACAUUUGAUACAAUGCUUCUCAGCAGAUAUGUAUGAGACUGUACUGUAUUUGAUUGAUAUGUAUAUAUGAGCAGUGUGUGAUAUUUGUUAAAAAUAAAAAUCUAUAUAUGCUGUGUUAUA